ACUGAUCACGCAGUUGGUUGGUAUAUAAUAGAUCAACUUCUAACAUUAAACAUCACUAUUAAUUCUCUUCUUAUAAAUUAAACUCUUGGCAACUGCUAUUGAACUUUGUCGGUGAACACAUUCUUUAAAGUUCCUAUUACGAUCUCAGAAUGAUCUUACGUUGUUGGAUGAUCAAAUUAUUCUUUGGUUUUUUGUUUUUUGUGUGUUUAAUCAACAUCAAUAAAGCAGAGAAAAAAUCAAAAAUUAUUCUAGUGCGGAAUCAACUUGUACAGGGUAGGAUACUUCAUACAGCUUUGCGAAAUGUUGAGUAUUCUGCUUUCAAGGGGAUACCUUAUGCUAAACCACCAGUUGGUGAUCUAAGAUUUAAGCCUCCAGUUAAGUAUGAAGCUGAAGAUGUCAGAAAUAUUGUUUACCGAGAUGGCCACAUGUGCUUACAAUAUGACAUAAAUACUAAAUCAGUGAUAGGCGAUGAAGACUGUCUCUAUUUAAACGUUUACACACCAGAGGUGGAUUUUCCUAGGGAUAUUGAACAGCGAGCAGUGAUGGUAUGGAUUCAUGAUGGAGCAUUCUUAUGGGGUUCCAAUCAUCAAUCGAGAUAUGGUCCAGAUUUUUUAAUUGAAAAAAAUGUAGUGGUUGUAACUAUGAACUAUCGACUAGGAGCAUUUGGUUUUCUAGUAGAUGAUCAUGAAAUCAGUGGUAACAUGGGCUUGAAAGAUCAACUUCUAGCAUUGGAAUGGAUUAAAAAUCAUAUUGCAUUAUUUGGUGGUGAUCCAAGUAGGAUAACUAUUUUUGGAAAAGAUGCAGGUGCAGUUUCUGUUGAAUUACAUCGAUUGUCACCAUUAUCGAGAGGAUUAUUUUGGGCAUCAAUUGCUAUGAGUGGAUCACCUUUUAAUCCUUGGGCAUUUAGAAAAAGAUACGAAGCAGAAUAUAUGAGUAGAGAAUUUCGAGAUAUUUUAUCUGAAAGUGAACUUAAAAUUGGAUCAAAAUUAGAAUCUACUUGUCGACCACUUAAAAAUUGUCUUAGCAUGAUUGUUCACACUACCCAUCAACAGAUGAUGAAAAAAGGAACUAUUCCAUUUUUACCAACUAAAGAGUCUACCUUAAUAGAUCAUGCAUUUUUAAGUCAUACACCUGCAAAAAUUUACAAAGCAAGACUUGGUAGCAAUGUACCUCAUAUGCUAGGCUAUACUGAUAACGAGUCUAUUGGUCUUUAUUCAGUGUUAAAAAGUAUGUACACAAGAGCAUACGCAUUUUUCUAUGACCCUAUGGAGACAGAAAGAAACUUCAAUUUCUUUAUCAAAGGCAUCAAUCAAAUGAUAUUUUAUCUACGACAAUAUACUGAUGCUACUGUUUAUAAUUAUUGUAAUGCCUUUGAUUAUCCAAAAUCAUUGCAUAGAAUAGCAGGAAUUGAUGAAGAUGGGUGUGGACAUGAUGAUGAUAUUGCUCAUAUUUUUUAUGUCAAAGACAAAAAUCAAUCACUUGAUCUUAACAGUGACAUUGGUAGGUAUAGGGAAAAAAUUGUAACAAUGUGGACAAACUUUGCCAAAUAUUUAGAUCCUAUGGCAAAUAAUAGUAUUGAAGGUGUAGAAUGGCCAUCAGUAACUUCAGAUAGAAAUUAUUUAUUAAAAUUAGAUAAAAACUUAAUCCUAGAAAGGAUUGUUCCAGUGAAAGAUUUUAGAGAAACUGAUCAUGGAAUUGAUGAGUUUGUGGAUCAAUAUUCUUAAGUCUGUAAGUACGUUUAUAGUUUUAAG